GCUUCUGUCGCAUGUUGGAGAUCGCUCGUUGGAAAAGACUGUUUUUGAUAGGGUUUUGAUAGUUGCACCGCCUGAUAUACACUUUUAGGAAGAAUGAUCGCUUUUUCGGGAUGUACUAUCAUAGGAAAUGCUUGGCAAGGCGCUCAUGUGUUGCCUUUGUCUCUUAUUACAACGACACUAGGGCACAGAUCCAAUUUAAUAGCACAAAAACGAAAUAAUGGAAAGAUCUAACACGUUGGUAUUGAGGUCCCAGAGCAAACAGUUGCUAGAAUGGGAGAACUUGAGCUUGUCGUCAGAGGGGCUUUCAUUGGGGAUAGGGGGUUGCUCAUCAUCAGAACAUUCAAAAACUGCAACCAUCGGCUAAUGUCAUGAAUGAAUGGAGUUGGUCUUGAUCGCUCGAAUGAACCGUAAGUUGACAAUGAAAGGUGCCAACACAUUUCAUCUUGUCUCGCAAAUACCGUCCGAUAAUCGCUACAACCAACGGUGACAAUGCAACAAAAAUGGUCCUUCUCAUGGUACGAGUCUGCCAUGGACAGCUUGAUAGAUUAUCAGAAAGAAUAAAUUGCAUGAACAUGAGAUUUUAUCCUUUGAUAGGUGGAUAUGGCGAAGAGGAAGAAAGAGAAAAAGAAUGAUCUCCGUAAACUACCCAACGCUAAAGCUUCGACCAAGCUUCCCGCAUCACAACUACAAUCGACUACGUCAAGAACUACAUUAGGACUUUUAUAUCAAAAAGUAUUUGAUCCAAGACAACCUCCGAUUUUUAUUUUUGGACUUUUCAAUUCUGCAUAUUUACCUUUGAUUCCUGAAUCCAAUAUCAAAAUGUCAAUUGAUAACGCAAAAGUCUUAAAAACAGAGCCAUUGGACCCUGCCAGAGCAAAAUGGACAAAACUCGUGUUAUCAACGUAUCGCGAUCCUCGAGGAAAAGUUCGUGAUUGGGAACAUGCGGAACGAUCUACUCGACCGAAGUCAUCUGAGAUAGACGGUGUUGGAAUUGUUGCCAUAAUUCAGAAAGAGACCGGCCCGGAAUUAGUUUUACAGAAGCAAUACCGACCACCGUUGGAUAAAGUAGUGAUCGAAGUACCCGCCGGACUUAUCGAUGAGGGGGAAACUGCAGAAGAAGCAGCUUUAAGAGAAUUGAAAGAAGAGACUGGUUAUGUUGGAGUCUUGAGUGAGAGUACACCCAUAAUGUUUAAUGAUCCUGGAUUCUGCAAUACAAACCUCAAAAUGGUGCAUGUUACGGUUGAUAUGUCUAAUCCAGCCAACCAGAAUCUAGUGCCCGAACUCGAAGAGAACGAAUUUAUUGAAGUAUUCACUUUACCUCUGAAGGAUUUAUGGGAGACGUGUAAAAAAUGGGAGAAAGAAGGAUAUGCGAUAGACGCCCGGGUAGGAACUUUGGCUGAGGGAAUUGAAGUUGCCAGGACGCUGAAUUUAUGUUCAAAAUAAAGUACGAGCACGAUAUUAUGAUAGAUAGAUGAAUAUAAUAAUAACGUCCUGUACAUGUA